AGAGAGAGAGAGAUAAAAGCGGAGCAAGCUGAAUUGGAACGUACCGAUGGUACGAAGAAGGGCAGAAAGUACUAUCAACGAUUCGUGUCGCUGUCAGUAACGACGCAUUAACGCAUUCAUAUCUCGCAUUCCAACCCUUCGUUCGACUGCUGCUCCAUGUCCACACACUCGUUCUUUCGUACGCGUCCGCAUGUAGCUCGCGAACAUUCGAAAAAUAUCCGAGACGAUCGGAGUGCUACAUAACCAAAGAACGUGUUAAUUACGUGUCAACUUGUAAAACUCGUGAAAACUCUCUACGAUAUGAUGUUUUAUUCGUAUGCCAAGUAUCAGUGGCAAAAAGUGUGUCACUAAAUAUAAGGGUUCGUUGAUGUAUUAUACGUUAACUGGAAUCACGCUCAAGGUGGCAGUACGAACGGGCGUCUAUCGCGCGAAUCACUCUUCUAGAGUAUUACAAUUUGUCAUGCGAAAUAACGAACGUCGCAAGAAACAGUGGAAAAAGUUGCGAGCGAGUUACGACGGUGACAGCGUGUAAUAACGGCGGUUGGCAAACCGGCAAUUUAACUCUUGUAAAGUAUUUUUCUCGCGUUUCACGACUUCUGCACAAUAUGAAUACGCGAUGGCGAUAAGUACAAUUAACUUUUAACUCACCUGCGCCUUUAUUAUGCAAUCAGUCACGAAGAGUCCUCGAGAAAUUUUACCUCGAUUGAAGAAGGAAAGCAAUCAAAGACAAAGUAUCAAGAUCAAAGUUUAAUUGCACGUUUCGUGCAUAUGUUUGGAAUACAGGGUCUCUCAGUAAUAGAUGACCGAACGUUGAUACGGCAUUUUAUUUCCUAAAGAUAAGAAAAGUAUCAUGUAAAAUUCAUUUUUUCAGAAAACAGGUGUAAAUUUCAUUAAAAUAAAAAGAUAAUAGCAAUACCUCUUAUAAUAUAAUAAAGAUGAAAGAUUGUAUCACAAUUUGUCGAUUUUGACGAUUAUGUAAUUUCAAUAACAAAAAUUGUUGCAAAAUGAAAAAUAUAAUAGAGAAUUGUUCCAUACGUAUCACGUACGCCUUCGGUUUCCAAUUAACUUUUACUCGAGAUAUUCCGACUUUUAUAGUUUUCUAUAAAGCAUCGUCGGACCAAUUAUAUUCAAGUAAACGAAUGCUCGCUUUUCAUUGGUGCAAUGGUACUACAUUCGUUGUUACAUUCGAUCUUUUUCCGUUACUUACUAUACAAAAUAUUCGCGUUUCGUUACAAUUAAUAUAAUAAUGCAAAAUAAUUAUAUAAUAUAUAAUUAUAUAUUUAAUAUAACUAAUUAUAUAUUUAAUAUAAUAUAUAUCUUUUGAAAUUCAAAACUUAAUUCACUGCAUAAUUGUGAAUUUGAUCGUGCAGUAUCCCCACUCCUGACGUCAUCGCAACACCAUCCAUCUAAUUUUUAGGCUGUCAGUCCACGCAAGCACGUCGGUAAUGUUGGUUUAUAUUUUCUAACCUCGCGUGACAUUCUUUGUUUCGUUAUACUGUGUUAACGGUAUAUAUAACAACAGUGAUGGAAAAUUCGUGGAAUAAAUUUUCGAUUACAAAUCGUAACAUUCGAGGGCGAAUACAUACGACGUAAAUUUACGCGUGUCGAUUAGUGAAAGACGUAAACAUACCGAGCCACGCAUUCGCCACAGUUCUUCGAGCUAUGGAAGAACGAACAACGUACGGAUCGUCGAGAGAUCGAGGCAUCCUUUGCGAGUUCGAGGUUCGCGUUGUCCCAGGGAAUCCGCUAUGCCGCCCACAUCGUCGCCGAUUACUGGGAGGUAUACGUGAAAGUUUUUCAAUUUCCUCUUCAAUUCUUACCACGAUAUGCACUCCACCCCGGAAUAUAAGUGAAAUCGCAAUAAUUACAGGCGGCACGGAUCGCAAAUCCUGCAAUACGGUAGUCAGUAGGCGGUAUGGCCUACCAACAGGCGCAUACAGGUAUACGCAAGCUCUUUGUCGGACGGAGGUGGAGUACGGGUUAUAUUGGCGCCACCUCCUGCACGGUUAAGCGAGCGACUAGGGCAGACUUACGCCUUACGCCUCUCUCACUCCAACCCCACCCUCUGCCUCGCUAUGCUAUCUCGCUCGAUCUCCCUUUCUCUCUCCCUCUCUCCCUCCUUUCUCCAACUCCACAGUCCGUCGCUCCUCGUUCUCCCUCGGUGCUUUUCCCCCUCCCCUCCGCUCCGCUCUCUCUUCUACUCUUUUCUCUCUCUCUCUCUCUCUUUCUCCUUCCCUCUUUCUCUACCCUCCCGCCCCUUCCUCGUACAUGGCUCGCUCGCUCGCUCGCGCGCUCUCUGCCCUCCUCUCGUCCCUCUCUCCUCGCUGAUGCUGCAACUCCGGCUCGGCUAACCCAACCUAACCCGCGGGCCAACUUCAUUCCACGCCGACUGACCACCACCGACGGCCGUCGUCGUCCUCGACGCCGUCGUCGUCGUCAUAGAACGCGGGUCACGCGACACGCCGUGUCGACGUCGUUACCGUGUGUUCGUGCGUUCUCCGUUCGGUUUUUUCGCGGGUCUUCCGACGACUAUCCUCGAACGUUAUAUAUAUAUAUAUAUAUACAUAUAUAUAUAUACACAUAUAUAUAUAUAUACAUAUAUGUAUAUAUAUAUAUCUCUGAUUCACGACAGUGACAGGGAAACGGCCAACGUGUGAGGGGGAG